AUGUGUCAGCUUUCGACCACGAUAAGGACAAACCUCGGUUACUCUGUGAAUUUGUUCACACAGACAGAGUCGAAGAAGACUGAAGAGGAUAUGGAAAGUGCAGUGAAAACACUCAUCUUGGGUUUCAAUCCUAAGAUAAUAGCUCACCAGCAUACUGCACAUGUCGUACCAUAUCUUCCAUUUAAAAGAACAUGCUUUUCUGUUAAGACGGGAUAUAGAACCCAUAAAUUUGGUGCAAGGGGGGAUAGUAAGAAUUUUUCUGCCGUUGAUGCUGUAUCAUCAGGCGCGGAAGAUAUUGAAAUUGCUUCUUCUCAAUAUGAUGAUUUUUCUGUUACUACUACCAGUACUGACAUGGCUGCAGAACUAAAGAUAACUGUGGAGGUAUCUGGUGCCAAAACUCAAGAAAUUUUUGACGAAGUGUUCUCCAGAAUGGUCACUGCUGCUCAACCAAUCCCAGGCUUCAGAAGAGCGAAAGGAGAUACCAAGAGACAUUCUUUUAGAAGUUCUUGGACCUUCCAAAGUUUACAAGGAAGUUAUCAAGAAAAUAAUCAACUCUACCAUACUUGA